AACAAUCAGGUUAAAGGACAUGAAGAAGUACGGCUGGAACAGCGUCACAGAUUUAAUUUUCAGAAAUCCUGCAGUUGUUGGACAGGAUCCUCAUGUGGAUGUCCAGGAUGAAAAUACUGAGCGUGGGAACUGGUCCAGCAAAAGGGAUUACAUCCUCUCUAUGAUUGGCUAUGCUGUUGGACUGGGAAAUAUCUGGAGAUUUCCAUAUUUAACCUACAAGAAUGGAGGGGGAGCUUUUCUUAUCCCCUAUUUUGUAAUGUUGGUGGUCGUUGGAAUUCCUCUCUUCUUCUUGGAAAGUGCCUUUGGUCAGUUCUGCAGCCAAGGUUCAAUCAAUGUAUGGAGAGCAGUGCCAAUAUUGCAGGGUGUCGGCAUUGCCACGGUCAUGGUGACUUUUAUAGUAUCAAUUUAUUACAAUGUCAUCAUUGGCUACAGCCUGUACUACAUGUUUGCCUCCAUGCAGUCUCCUCUGCCAUGGUCCAGUUGCUUCAGCUGGGCGGACAGCAGUUGCAGCAACACAUCUAUAGUGAAUUGUACUUUAAGUGAAGUUUUUAUGGGCAACGGGACUCAGCAAAACAGUACUUGUUCUUCACCCAACAUGAUUCCAGAUUCUGUGCAAAGUCCGAGCGAGCAGUAUUGGGAUCGGGUUGCUCUGCAGAGAUCCAGUGGUUUAGAUGAGACAGGACCAGUAGUUUGGCAUCUAGCGCUCUGCCUGCUGCUGAGCUCCAUAAUUGUUGCUGCAGCACUCAUCAGGGGCAUCAAGUCAUCAGGCAAAGUGGUGUAUUUCACAGCUACGUUUCCUUAUGCGGUGAUUUUGAUCCUGCUGAUCAGAGGUGUGACACUAGAGGGAGCUAAAGAUGGUAUAGAGUUUUACAUUGGUUCACAAUCCAAUUUGACAAAGCUAUACGAAGCACAGGUGUGGAAAGACGCCGCAACUCAGACCUUCUAUUCUCUCUCUAUUGGGUGGGGUGGACUCAUGACUCUCGCUUCCUACAACAACUUUCACAACAAUGUGUUCAAGGACUCAUUUAUUGUAACACUUACUAAUGCUGGGACCAGUGUGUUAGCAGGCUUUGCUAUAUUUUCAAUACUGGGUCACAUGGCUUACAUCUACAAAAUACCUGUUGGAGAAGUGGUAAAGGAAGGAUUUGGCCUGGCCUUCAUUGCCUAUCCUGAUGCUCUUUCAAAGCUGCCCAUUUCUCCAUUCUGGUCCAUUAUGUUCUUCUUCAUGCUUUUGACUGUUGGGCUGGACUCUCAAUUUGCAGGAAUCGAGGUAUUAACUACCUGCCUGCACGAUGCGUUCCCUAAAACCUUCAAAUCCAAACGGGCCCUACUGACAAUAACCACAUGUUCUAUUAUCUAUCUCCUGGGUCUGCCAUGUGUCACAAGAGCAGGAAUAUAUUGGGUGACUCUCAUCGACCAGUUUGUCGCCAGCUGGGUGCUGCUCAUUUUGGUUCUCUUUGAAAUCAUUGGUGUCAGCUACAUUUAUGGAGGGAACCGUUUUAUUAAAGAUAUUGAGAUGAUGCUGGGAAAUAAGACUUCACUUUUCUGGCUUUGGUGGAGAGUCUGCUGGUUCUUUAUUAGCCCCUGUAUCAUAGCAGUCAUAUUGGGAUGGUCUGUGGUCACCUUUGUCUCCCCCACCUAUGGGAAACAAGCCUAUCCAUCCUGGGGUUUGGCUCUUGGAUGGUGCAUGGUUGCAUUCAUCCUUAUCUGGAUCCCAGCUGUCGCUGUGUACAAGCUUAUAAGAGCAAAAGGAAACACCUGGAAGCGUCUUAAGUCACUGUGCUCUCCAUCUGAAGAGUGGCACCCCUACCUGGACAUCCAUCGAGGGGAGCGCUACUCAGAAGAACGCUGCCGCUGUAGGAAGAUAAAUAAGAACAAUGGAGAGGCAACAGUUAAUGUUAUCUCCAGCUCAUGGCUCUGAGUUGUGUUAGUGUGCUACUUAUCUUUUCUCCGGAGUUUUAUUUUAUUCAACUUUUGUGACAUCCAGGACAGAGUAAUGUAUUCUAGUAAGGGGAUUAGUUUGUGUCAAUCAUGUUUUGUACUCUACUUGAAGCUGUGUGAUUUCCCCACCAACAAACUAAAAACAGAAUUUCCAUCAACCGACUGACUUUUGGAGGCAGUUUUUCCUAAGGCAGGUGGUGUGGUUAAUCUUUAAACAUAACCAGCAAUGGUCGUCUGCUCUUCUAUUUUGAAAUCCAGCCUCCAAAUGUGGACUGUCUGGCGGUUAAAGCUCUCCUUUCAUGAAUAUUGUUCAGGCUGGAUACAUACACAUGGCUUAUGCAUGUCAUGUUUUCACAGACAAGUGAAAUGAGUUCAACUUGAAGUCUUAAUAUCACAUGAAGUCAAAUCUGUGCUGUUAGCACAAGUGAAGGUAGCCAUUCUUCAUACACACUCCACAAGCCAAGAUUUAUGUUUGGACAUAUGCGAGAGACAGCAGCUUCAGAAAAAAGAAAAGAAAAAAAUUGUGGUGGUGAAAACCUCUUAAAACUACAGCUUCUAUCUGUUUUACAGGCAGCUCUUUAUAGUUUAUUUGACUUAACCUCACAUUAUCAGUUUGGGUCAUCUUAUGGUCACGACACAAUAGCAUUUUUUCUCCUUUUUAUUUCUGAGUUGUUCAGGUUACUGUCAUCAUGAAAGCUGCAUGACUCUUCAACAGUCAACACACAUUUUGAAGCUGCAGGUUCUCGUGACUUACACACAGAAAGGAUUUUUGCCUCUACAACUGCAUGUCUAAAGGGGCUGACUGACUCUAUUAUUCUCAGUAUCAUGUCACUGCAUUUGAAAAUAUUUUAUGAACAUAAAAUAUUAAAACAGACUUCAGAAUUUUAAAAAGAUCAUGUAAAUGGGAACUGGAUAUCUUUUGCCAGCCCCCUUGUGAUUUAUUGCUUAAUGUGGCAUUAUGAUCCUUUAAUAUCACUAAAUAUCUCAGUAAUUCAUUACAACCAUUUUAAUUAUUCUAAAUUCACCUGAGAUGUUUAUUUCUGUGUUUUAUUGUAGUCUGUAAUUAAACUUGUCUUUCAGUGCCAAGAAAAGAAAGUGUUCUAUCAGUCCUCACCCUCUAUUUGUUACCGAUGUUUUUCUUAUGGGAAGAUACCUUUUAUCAUGUUCUCUUGUAUGCGAUAAAACUAUGUAUCGCUGAAGAUGCAAGUUAACUUGAAUGAUGCUGAAAAAACAUUUCAGGCUGUUGAAGAAUGUGUUGUCUCUUUUUUCAAUUCAUUAUUUUCAAACUGUUUCUAAGGGCUUGGGGCUUAACAGUGUCACACUUAUCUCACAAUAUGAAUGUGAAUAAAUCA